UAAAGUGAUCAUUAUAACGGUAGCGUUUUCAUAAAAUAAAGUUAGUAAAUGAUAAAAAUGUCUCGCGAUAGGAUUAUGAUUGGUUAGAAAUUACUAGGGGAAGAUAAUUAUGUUGAUCAAAUUUUGUUCUGAUCAAAUUUUUGUGCGAUAACCUUUUUAUAAAAAUAUUUUUGCUAGACCUAUUAAUAAGUCAACAACGUUUUUUAAUUAUUCAUGUUCAUAAUUUAUUUGAAAAAAAAAAUAUUUUAUGAAAUCAGCGAGUUGGAGACUCAGUGGUUACUAAAAAAAAAAGUUACUAAAAUUACUGUACUGGAAAAAAAAAAAAAAAAUAAAAUUAAUAAAUAAAAACAUGGGACACUGACGUAUUUUUGUAUUUUUAUUGUGAUGAAAAAAAGCAACCAACGGUAAAAGAGUAAAAUAAACAAACUAAAGCUCACAAUGGAAAUGUCAAGUGAUUUAAUGACAAAUACAGCAACAAGUACUGAUGAUAAUUAUUUAGAGACAUUAACUGGAGAUGAGUGUCGGUUAUGUUUACAAAAAUCUAAAGAUUCAUGGCCAUUAUUUCAAUCUAAUAAUAAUCAAUUACCUGAAAAAAUAAUGGCUUGUGCUGCAGUCCAGAUAAUCAACGGAGACGGCCUGCCGUCAACAAUCUGCAGCCCGUGCAAUCGUCUCCUCGAAAUCUCUUACAAUUUUAAAUGUGCCGUAGAAAAAACCGACGCAAAACUUCGAGCCACUUCUCACUACAAACCUCUAAUAGUCUACACGGAAUCUCUGACUCAAGUCUCAAUGGAGCAAACCCCAGAGCAGAAUCAUCAUUCCAAGGAGGAACGUGUCCUCAUUACCGAGACACUCGCUGACUCUCAUUUGCUUCAGCUGAAUCCCGACAACACGAUCAUCUUCAGCGUGGACCAAGUCGACGAGUUGAAGCCCGGUCUAAAGAACAGUCUCAGUACCGACUCACAAGUAGUUUUAUUAGAGAAGCUAGAUGAGUUUGAUGAUCCCCUAGAAGUCAAAGUCCAGCGCAAUUGCUCAUUUACUGAAGUUUUUGAGCUCAAAGAAAAUAUUCUCCCUCCUGAUACUGAUACUGAUCCUCAUUCUGAUGCUCAUGUUGAUCCUAAUGUCGAUUCUCAUGCUGACAAACAUGACAAUGAAUCAGUUGAAGUUGAAGAUGCAAAAACUGAUGAUUCAAAUGAUACAAAAUCAUCGAAAUUAACAACUAAGCAUCAAAAUUUAAUGUUUAUUUGUCAUAUUUGUAGUGAACAAUUUAAUUGUGUUGAUGAAUUAAAAAAACAUGUUACAACUCACGACUCAUUAAAAAGUUCUGAUGAUAAUUUAAUAAAUAAUGAUCAAAAUGUAUUGAAUAGUGAUGAAAAUAUUGAAAAAAAAUUAGAUACUGAUAAAAAAUCAAUGAAAUAUAAAUGUAAAUAUUGUAAUAAACAAUUUACAUAUGAAAAAUCAUAUCAAACACAUGCUAAAUUACAUGAAGAAACAAAAACAUCAUCAUCACAUUCACAAAAUCAAACCCAAACUCAAAAUUCAUUCUCAGAAGAUGAUGAUUUAACAGAUGAUUUAAAUGAUGAUUUACCAGAAGGCUUACAGUGUUUACAAUGCGGUAAAUUAUUUGCAACAAAACGUAAUUUAAAACGACACAUCAGUACCCAUACUGGAGUUAAAUUCAACUGCAGUACAUGCAGAAAAGAAUUUUCACGGUUGGAUAAAUUAAAGGAACAUGAGUACGCGAAACACACGGCUGAUUUUUCAGAUACCGAUGACAAUGAUGAUGACGAUAAAACUGAGGGAAUCAAAGAAGGAGCAAAAGAGAUCAAGAAAAAUCGACCACACAAGUGUUCUUUGUGCCCGAAGGCAUUUGCUCAACUUCAGUCGCUCAACAAUCAUUUGGAAAGACACAAAAGGGUCAAGGAUACGCAGAAAAGAUUUUUGUGUGAUGUCUGCAGCAAGUGUUUCGCUCAAAGCGGAUCUUUGGUUGCUCAUAUGAGGACACAUACGGGAGUCAAACCUUAUGUGUGCAAUGUUUGCUCUCGAGCGUUUACCAAAAGCACUUAUUUGCAGUUACAUCUUAGGACGCACAGUGGGGAGAAGCCUUAUAUUUGUCAGUACUGCAGCAGAGCUUUUGCAAGAGCUAAUACCUUGGCAAGACAUAUCACGAUGCAUACGGGAGAAGCUAAAUAUCACUGUCAGAUUUGCAGGAAAAGCUUCAGAAGAUUGACUUCUCUUAAUGAACACACGUAUACGCACACGGGACAGCGACCUUAUGCAUGUAAAAUUUGCACUAAGAGGUACAAUAAUGCGGGAAGUCUUUACGCGCAUACGAAAAAGUGCAAAGCUCUAAAUGGCGCCAAGGAAGAGGUUAAAGAUGGUGGUGGGGAUAAAGGAAUUUAUGGGAAAGAUGGAAUUUUUGUUAUGGAACAGAGUAAAAAUUUGGACAAUUUUGGGGUUGACAAUGAGAGUUUUCAAGAAGAUAAUAAAGAAUUUAAAGGAAACUUUUAUAAUAUCUAUCCGAGUAUGUAGAAGGGAUAUUUUAUUGUUAACUUUUAUUUUUUUUUAUUUUUUAUGAAAAAUUUAAAUUUAUUACGAAAAAUUUUUAAAUAAAACGCUUAUUUUUCGGUGAUUUAUUGAAAGGUGCUGAGGUUUGACGUGAAAAUUUUUUUUUAUAAAAUAAUUGGAAAAAUGAGAUGACGAUUUUUAUUGUACUCAGGUGGUGUCAACGGGUUUCAGAUAAAAAUUUUAAUUAAUUGAAUUUGUAUAUAUUAAUUUUAAAUUGUGGAUUUAAUAAUUUGUUAACAGGAAUGUGUAACGUGAUAAUUUAGUGUAGGAUUGUACUUUUAAUAUAAGUGAUUUAUUAGUAGAUAAUAACUAUAAGUAAUAAGUAAUAAAUAAUGAACAAAUACGUGUAUUAAAAAUGACGAAAAAUAUUUUAUAAUGAAUU